AUGCAAAUGCGAAUUUGUGUAAUUGGAGCAGGAGCCGCAGGAUUAUGUGCGGGUCGACAUAUGAUUUAUUUUCCGGAAAAGUAUCAUUUUGUUAUAUUCGAACAAACUUCAGAUGUAGGAGGAACCUGGAAUUAUAACGACAAAACCGGAUUAGAUGAAUAUAAUGUUCCAAUACACUCAAGCAUGUAUAAAAACUUACGGACUAACGUCCCUAAGGAAAUAAUGGGAUAUCCAGAUUUUCCAUUUACAAAUGACGGUAAAUCAUUUACUCAUCAUACUCAAGUUUUGGAAUAUUUAAAAAAUUAUGCAAAAGAGCAUAGAUUAAGAGACAACAUAAAGUUUCGUUCGAGAGUUAAAUCUAUUGAGCCGAAAGAAAUACAAGGAAAUAAAAGAAUUUGGAAAGUAAAUGUAACCAAUUUAGAAACCGGAGUCGAUACCGAAUACGAAUUCGAUGGUAUUAUGGUGUGCAAUGGGCAUUUCUCUGUUCCCAACAUUCCACAAAUAGAAAACAUAAAUGAUUUUAAGGGUAUUCAAACACACAGUCAUUCUUAUAGAGAACCGGAAAUUUACAAAGGCAAAACAAUUGUUGUAUUAGGUGCAGGUUCAUCAGGAAUGGACAUUGCCAUUGAAGUUUCAAAGUUUGCUAAACAGAUAUAUUUAAGUCACAAUCAUGCAAAACAUUCUAGUGAGUUACCAGAAAAUAUAAUACAAAAACCAGGAAUCAAAUUAGCUACAGAAGAUGGUUUUUAUUUUUUAGAUGAUUCAUUUAUAAAAGCAGAUGUUUUAUUAUAUUGCACAGGUUAUCAGUAUGAUUUUCCAUUUUUGACGGAAAAUUGCAAAGUGAAAAUAUCAGGGAAUAGAGUGACACCAUUGUACAAACAUUUAAUUCACAUGGAUUAUCCAGAACUUUGUUUUGUCGGUUUGCCGUUCACGGUUUUACCAUUUCCAUUUUUUCAUUACCAAGUUUUAUAUUACCUGAAAUGUUUGGAAGGAAAAGUUGUUAAAUUACCGGAUAAGAAAAAAAUGAAAGAAGAAUCGGAAAAAGAUUACAAUAAGAGAAUAGUCGAAAUGAAAAUGCCACCCAAACACGCACAUAAAAUGGGUCCCUUACAAUGGGAAUAUUUUGAAGAUUUGGGUAAAUUAGUAAAUAUUGGUAAUUUACCACCCGUAUAUAAAAUGGUUUAUAAUUUUGUCGAACAACAAAGAAUAAAUAAUGUUAUGUUUUAUAAAAAAGAAGAUUAUAAAGUUUUAAACGAAGAAGAAUAUGUUAGAUUAAUGCCUGAAUGA